ACGGCACCGAGGGGAAGAAGGCUAUUAAGGACACACAAUACCACUGGACUGACGGGCCUGAGGGGUAUCCACUCGUGCCUUAUACAUUUGCAGACACAAAGGUAAACCGAGACACCUGCUUGAAGGCGAUGGAUGAAUGGACGACUCACACUUGCGUCAAGUUCGAGACGAAGCAGGGAAGCGCGGCGGAACCCCACCUCAAGUUCUUCCAGGGCAACGGCUGCUUUUCCUACAUCGGCCGAAUCUGGUUCUUCAAUGGCCAGUACAUCUCCAUUGGCAAGAAUUGUGGCUUGUCUCCGCCGUCCACGAAGUCGGCCACGCCCUGGGCCUCUUCCACGAGCAGUCUCGACCGGACCGCGACGAGGAGGUCCGCGUGAACACCAACAACAUCCUGCAGAGUUCGAGGUUCAACUUCGAUGAGGCGAAGCUGAACUCCAUCAACAACUACGGGGUCAAGUACGACCUCACUUCUAUCAUGCACUACAGAGCGAAGACCUUUUACAAUGGUGGUCUGACUUUGUCUACUGUCAACCCUCUUCUCCAAGAACUUGUUGGAUCCAUGGAUAAGUUGAGUCACAGAGACAAGUUGCUGGUCAAUCGCAUGUACAAUUGCAUAGAUAAGUGGGUAAAAGCCUGCGGAAAGAGCGCGGACCCUUGCAAGAACGACGGAUACUUGGGUGUGAACUGUACCUGUAUUUGUCCCCCGGGAACUUGUGGCGACUAUUGUCAAUAUCAGAUUGAGGGUUAUUAUGAUGCUUACCUGUCUGGUUGUUCAGAAAACAUCACUGUCGCCUCAACUAUACAGUCUGAAGAUUUUCCAAAUCCUAUUCCACCAGGCGUGAAGUGCACCAAAUGGAUAAUUGCCCCAGAGUGCCACCAGGUGGAGCUGACCUUCACCAACUUCGCCAUGUACCCGCGUAUCCAGUGCCAGAACAAUCAACUAUGCUGCUACUGGGAUGGACUCGAAAUCAGGACCAAUGACCCUUAUGUGGGGACGUGGUACUGCGCCAACGAGAUCCACCAAGGCCGGAAGUUCAUCCACUCAGGGAGCAUAAUCCUCUACUACCACACUACAUCUCGCUACUCCCGAGGGUGGGAAGCCCAGGUCAGGUUCCUUCCGAUAGCGGGGUGCAGGACGCAAGGAAAAGCUGGCACAGAGAAGCCCGUCCUGCCUGAAGAACUGACCAGGACGGUGCUCAGCGGGAUGACCAUCUUCUCCUUGAACACCGCUGUGAACAAGCUGCUCCCGCCCAAAGGAGACUCGAAGUGCGGUCUGCUGGAGGACCUGGGGAACGUGUACUGGAACUCGCCCCUUUUUGGCUUCGAAAAGUACCCGCAGAAUUCCUCGUGCUUUUUCACCUUGGUUCCUAACUCCCCGGUCGCAGUCAAGGUGAAGUUCGACUACUUCAAACUCCAGCCAAGGGCCAGAGGCGUGUGUGUGGACAGCGUCGACCUGGUAGAACCCUUCAGCCAAGAAACGAGGCUUUGCGGAUCACAGACAAGCAAGAUUCUCCUCCCAAGCAGCGCCUUCACAGCAAGAUUCGCCUCAGACAAGUACUACAAUUAUCAAGGCUUCAACAUCACUUUCGAGCCCCAGAGCAACUCGGCUUGCCAUAAGAUCAUAAACACAGCUGCAGGAGAGGCGGGAAUGAUCACGACGCCAAACUUCCCGAGCUUCCACGGACGGGAGUGCGUGUGCGAGUGGUGGAUCAUUGCUCCCGCAAACAAGAAGAUCAAGAUUUCAGUCGAGGGUAAAAAGAUCGGGAGAUGUUCGGAAAACUACCUCGUGGUGGAUCUUCAAGGAAGCAGGAGCUACUACAGACCAAUAAGCACAAGAGUCUGCGGAGAAAAAAAUCUGCCAAUCUCCCUCCUCUCUUCUGGCAAUGAGUUAAAUGUGGUGUAUAAGUCCAUGAGGAAUUCUAAAGGAUUCCAUAUUCGGUAUGAAGUUGUGUAACUUCUCACGUAUAAUUUUUAUGGCAUUUUAACUGUUUAUGUAAUUCAUGAGUUUUACUUUUUUGAUACUUUUAUCUAUUUAUUGUUCAAAGGCGUCGUGUUAAUAUUGCAGGACUUUGAUCCUAACAGUCGUAUAAUUGAUAUUUUAAUUAAUAUUUUGUGAAACAUAAACUUUUAUAUGGUA